GACACUACACACUCUCACUCAUGUCAAGCUGAACACGGAGGGCAUGUGAAUGCCAGUCUCUAUACAUCCAUUCAAGCUUGAAGCUUUCAGCACAAGCACACACAUGGCUUUGGAAAAACCACACAGGACCUUGGGAAAGGUCACCACCGUAUUUGCAACUAAGCUGAAGUCUUUCACCUUUGUGCCACUUCUAAAAAGACUGCCCGUUGAGAACAGGGCUUGGAAAAAGGUACUUCAGACAAGCAGACCAAACAAGACUUCACAGGAGCCAGGGGACACUGAGACAAGCAUGGCGGAAGAGGGUGUCUACAAAGCAGAGGCUGUUUAUGUCCAAGAUCCUGAAGAGGCCCAGCUUGAAGAAAUGCUCCAAAACACCACUCAAAAAGAGAUUCUGUCAACUGACAAUUUAACCCUUAAAUCACUCACCACGCUAGCUGGUCCUCACACAGAAUCUGGUAGCAUGACCCCCGAGCCUAGCCUAGCCACCAUGGAAACCAGUGAUAACAAACACCCAGGCAUUUCUCGGCUAGGCUUUCACAACACUUCACAGGCUGCUGAGGUCAGCUCAGGUCUGUUUUUAAAUAGCUCAUCUCAGAGAGAGGAGGCCCUUAGCCCUGCCAGCUCCAUGGAUUUUUUGACUUCCCCUGCUUCUUCUAAGGAGUCUAUUCUCUCUGAGGGCUGGGACAAGGAGAGGAGCUGGUCAGCACUCCACAUGUUCUCACGGGAUGGUUCUCCUGGCCCCUUUAGUGGCACGGUUUCCCCAUGUUCUUCCAUAAGAUCAGGGACCUUCACACCCUCUGUGGUGAGAAUCAAACGACACUCCUUGGCUCCAGGCUCUAGUCUGCUGCAGAUGUCAUCUGCUUGUGAAACACCCUGCUGUGACAGUCGGGUAAGCUCACCCUGUCCUCUUACGCCCCGUGCCCGGCACAGACUGCCUCCAACCCAGCUCUCCCUGUUAACGGCCAUCCUCAGGAAAGGUCGGCUGCCUGUCCUGUCCUCUGCUUUUCAAAGACCUUACACACCCUGCUGGCCCAUCAGUCCAAUUAAUGUGUCCUCCUGUUCAGCAUGCUCAGCUGCCUCUUCUGUUGCACCCAUGACCAUCUCUAAAGCAAAGUCUUGUACCUCUAUAGAUAGACCCCAUACUGAGCAUUGCCAGGUUUCAAAGACACAACUACGGAAACCAGACCAUAGUUCUCUUUCAGUAUCAUCAGUUGUCAAGACACCUUAUGAAAUCCCACUAAUGAAACCACCAGAAAGACUAGACUCAUGUCAACAUUUCACUAGUACAAGUGGCAUCGUCUCGCCUACAAAAAACAUCCCUUCACCAAGCUUACCUGGACUCCAGCCAACCAAUUCUCACUUGUUGAAAUCAGGUCACAAAGGAAAUCGUUUGCCGACAGUUCCUAGCUCUCUUUUGUGCAGCUCCCUAUCCAGGAUGAACUCCUCAUCUCCUAAACCCACCUCUCUGUCUUGCUUCAGCCCUGAAAACCAGAAAAAUCCAUCAGUGUCAGUGGAUCGCCCUGCAUCUAUAGAACCAAACAAACCUUUAGCAUCCUUAAUGCUGAACGAAGAAACAAAAUCUCCUGAUAGGUCAGAAAAAUAUUCACUAGCACUAAAACAGGGUCCGAAAUCAUCUGAGCUCUCCAGUGCACCAUUUCAGAAAGAUACAGCAAGUUCAUCUGACAAUUUAGACUCCUCGGUAUCAAAACCCGCACAAAAUUCAUGUAAAUCUUCCUCCUUUCCUACUCUGAAACACACAAUUGAAUUGCAUAAUAAUUCCAUAUCUCCUGUUUUGAGUCACAAGGAGAGUAAACAAAAUAUUAUUUUCCAAAAUUGUGGCAAAAGAGAUGUCGAAGGAGUGCACCUAUCAUCUCCCACUCCCAGACAAGUGGGUCUCACCGGCCUGUCCUACACACCACCAGCCUCUCCUGCUUAUACCCCAGUCCACCUGAGCUCCCGCUCUUCCACCCCAGACCGCUACACCCUCUCGCCCUCCCCAGCCAUCCCAAGCCGUCAACUCUCCCCCUCACCCUCAUACUCCUUCUGUUCAUCACCCUCUCCAUCCCUAUGGUGCAGCACACCAGACUGCACAGAUGGGGACUGUAAAAAUAGAAAGACAUACAAGAUCAAAUCCACCUACAAGGCACUCGCUGCUAUUCCCACAAAUACUCUGCUCUUGGAACAGCAGGCUAUAGAUGAAGAGGUCAACAAGAAAGAGACUUCAUUUAACCCUGCGGACAAGUAUUCUUGGGAGGACCCACAUGCAGAGAUGUGCUCUCCUGCGCAGCUGCGUCAGCAGACCGCAGAACUGUACGCAACCAUUGAUGAAGUCCUUGAGGACUCAAUCCAACAAUCUCAAGUGAACAAAGCCAAUGUGAAGUCUUUGACAGCGGUGGCAUCAAGGCCACAGACGUCAUCACCAUCUCCAAAACUAUUGGGACGGGAAACGAGAUAUGCAAGCUCUUCUCAACCCUCUGUAACUACAGAAAAAGCACUGACAAAGCCUGGAGUUAUUAGACCAGCUAUUGCAACAUCCAGAUUUACAGAUGACGAAGAAUUCCACCCAAAUCCUUUCAAAAGCCAUCAAGUGGACAAAUCCAGUCGUUACCAAUACAAGUUUGUUAGCAGUGCAAACUGUGAUGAAACCCAAGCAGAUGGUAGAGGAGCUUCAGAUGGGCAGCCAGCGUGUGGAGAGGGGCUUCCUUCAGAACCACAUGGAGACUACAAGACAAGGCUUGCAUCUCUGUUCACGCAGACCAGGAUCUCCAGACAAAAUGUUCCCACCUCCCUCAAACCCCAGGAGACACACAUGUGAUGCUGACAAGAGAGCCUGAUCUGAUCAUAAUUGUGACGGCACAUUAAAAGGCCUAUUAAAGGCAGCUCACGUCAAGCAUUUUAAAAGCUAUUCAUUUCUCAAUUGAAGAUGCACAAAGUAAUUUUAAUCUAAAUGAAUGAAUAGUAAAAUUAUGUUUGCUUACAAACUCAAGGUCAGGUUCAUCCCAAAAUCAAAAGUAUUAAUAGUUCUAUACAACAGACUGUUAUUCAUUUUUCUUUCUUUCUUUCUUUCUUUCUUUCUUUCUUUCUUUCUUUCUUUCUUUCUUUCUUUCUUUCUUUCUUUCUUUCUUUCUUUCUUUGCUGUGAAAUGUGACCAGCUGAUAACUGGUUUUAUACCAUUCACCCAAUAAGAGCAUUAAAAUUGAUGUAAUUAUUAGUGCACUUUUAUGUACAAUCGUGCAGUCAUAUAGUGAUGUCCACAUCACAUUUACACAAUCACAGUGCCUUUGACGUAAUGUGGCCUUUUCAGUUCAUUCAAUAAUAAACAUAUGGCAUGUCUGAGACACUUCUCUGUAAUGACAAAAAUGCUAAUUCAUAAUAAAACAGUGUCUAUGAUAAUA